CCACCCACCCACCCCCUCUUUCCUGGCGCAUCCCCCCCUCCUCCUCCUACCUCCCGCUGCGUCCGUCCAUCCUCCCCCCCCCUCUUCCUCGGCUGGUGUGACUCAGCAGCCUGCCCUUCCCCUCGGUAGCAGCCAGUGACCAGGCCUGGAAGGUGGGGGGGAGGGAGAGGGGGGGGCUUGGCCUCUUGCCUCUGCCCUUCCCUUUCCCCUUCCCCGCCUUCCCUGGCUGGAGAGGGAUUUUUUCCUCUCCGAGCAAAGCUGGAUCAGGAAUUGCAAGAGAAGGGAUUCUCCCCCCCCCCUUCAUCCCCCCCCCACUUAUCCAAAGGGGGCUCCGGACGUCUCUUUCCCCCCCUAAACGGACUCCCCAUCCUUCCUGGGCUUUUAAAGGGCUGAGUCGCCCCUCCCCAACCAGCUGGGCACGACCAUCCUCAAAUUGUCGCCGUCAGCUGGCUUGCCUGGCUUUAACAGGGCUCCCCGGGGGCUGCCACCGCUGCGGCCAAGCCUCCCCCGUUUUGCGUCGGCUGGAGAAAUGGCUGUUUGAUGCCCCCCACCCCUCACACGCCUUGGCACAGAUAACCGACCCGGUGCCUGCGAUGCAGAGGUCGUAAAGACGGAGCUUUUGCACAGAACGGAGAGGAUGAGGACUCCCCGGGUGUCGGAAGGGUAGCUGAAGCGGGCCGAAGUUCAACAGGCGGCAGCUGAGACGGGCCGAAGUUCUACAGGUGGUGCCGGAGCUUGGAGAGGGAAGAGCCGCCGGGGAACUUCUAAAAACAGCCCCCUAGUGGGGGGAAAAUGCCAGCGACACAGCCAAGGCCUCACCCUCUUCGUCUCUGAGGCUGCGCUAAGGCAGGCAGGAGUUCAACAGGCGGCGGUGCAUCCGGAGGGGAAGGGCCAGGCACGUCUUAAAACAGCCCUUUGGGGCUGUAUCAUCGGUAACGGACUAGAAACUUCUUCCUCUCGGCGGCUGCACACAGGCGGAGGUUCAACAGGUGGAGCUGCAGCUGGAGGGGAAGGGCCAGGAACUUCUCAAACAGCCCCACGGAGGGCGCCGUAACAUCAGCAACAGCCCUCUGGGGUGGGGUGGGGGGCUGUAGCAUCAGCAACGGAGCACAAAUCUGGCCCUCGUUCUUUUGCCUGGGAGCAGCCGAGGCAGGCGGAAGUUCACCAGGCGCUGCUGCAGCCGGAGGGAAAGGGCCAGGAACUUCUCAAACAGCCCCACGGAGGGCGCCGUUACAUCAGCAACAGACCAAAAAUCCUUGGCCUUCUCCGGGGCCGUGCGGGGUCACCGGUCACCUGGCGGGACGAUUCCUGUUGAGUCAACAGGACGGCUUGCCUGAUUUGGAGGGGGGUGUUGUGAUUUGGCAGCAAAGGGGAGCCAAGCAGGAGUCGGCGGAGGCCCCCCCUGUUUCCGGCAUGCCAGCAGGGACUUACCGAGACGCCUCGUCGGGAUCAAGUUGGACUUUGGGGGGAUCCUGACCAUCCCCAUCGCGGUCGCCUCUCUCUCGCUCUCUCCUCUUCGCUGCUUUGUAGCCCCCUCAAAAUGGAUCUUAUCCCAAGAAGCAAAUACACCCACUUGCAGGAUGAAUCGCUGGACGAAGGGAGCCCCGUGGCCGAGGAGGGCCCGUCUCCUGACCCUUCCUCCUCCCUCGGGGUUGCCCCGUCACUGACCGGCUCGGGGUCUUCGUCCUCCCUCAGCCCCAUGCUGCCUGUGGGGGAUCACCCCGAAUCGGAGAGCAGCCCCACCACGCUGUGUUCCUUCUUCCCCAAAAUGGCUAACCUGAAACUCUCCAAUCCCGCGUUUUUGCUGAACCUCCGGUCUUUUUCCCGUGAGCCGGGAGUCCCCGAAGACUCUCCGUGCGCCGUGGCCUUGCCGGACUCAACAGGGGUUGUCGGUCUCUAUUCCCAGGAUAUGAACAAACUGAGUUGCGGGAAGAAAAUGCGGGUCGAAGGCGGUCAGCUGGGCGGCGAGGAGUGGACGCGGCACGGGAGUUUUGUCAACAAGCCCAGCCGGGGUUGGCUGCACCGGGAUGACAAGGUGAUGGGUUCCGGAGUCUCCUACCUGGUCCGGUACAUGGGUUGUGUGGAAGUGCUGCAGUCCAUGCGGGCCCUCGAUUUCAGCACGAGGACUCAAGUUACCAGGGAGGCGAUCGGGCUGGUUUGUGACGCUGUGCCCAGCAACAAGGGAGCCGUGCGCAGGAGGAAGCCCGGUGGCCGGGCGCUGAACUCCAUCUUGGGCAAGACGAACCUGAAAUUUGCCGCUAUGCCCAUCACACUGACCAUCUCAACCAGCAGCCUGAACCUCAUGGCGUCCGACUGUAAACAGAUCAUUGCCAAUCACCAUAUGCAAUCAAUCUCAUUCGCUUCCGGAGGGGAUCCAGAUACGGCGGAAUACGUCGCUUACGUUGCCAAAGACCCCGUCAAUCACCGAGCUUGCCAUAUCCUGGAGUGCCCCGAAGGUUUGUCCCAAGAUGUCAUCAGUACCAUCGGACAAGCAUUCGAAUUGCGCUUCAAGCAAUACCUUAAGAAUCCUCCGAAACUCGUCACGCCCCACGACAGGAUGGCUGGGUUCGACGGCUCCGCUUGGGACGAAGAGGAAGAGCCGCCGCCUCCGGACCACCAAUAUUACAACGAUUUUCCGGGAAAGGAACCUCCUAUAGGAGGGGUCGUUGACCUGCGUUUGCGGGAAGGGGCUGCAGCGGCUCAGACCCCCAACAAUUUGGGGGCCACCUUGCCCGUCGGACAAAUGGUUGCUGGGGACUACGAGUCCAAGAAGCCACAUUCAGUCACACAAGGCAGGGAUCGGGGCCCCCCUGGCCGCACCGAAUUCGUGGUGGACCCAUCCUACGUGAAUGUGCAAAAUUUGGAAAAAUUGCAGCCGGGCAGCCAGAACGCGACCUCCAACGGGAGCGUCCAGAGAGAUCUCUUUGACAUGAAGCCUUUUGAGGAUGCCUUGCGGGGGGGGCCGCCACCCCCUACGCCUCCCACCCACCCACCAGCUACCAUGGAGGAACAGCUCCGGCGGGAAGCCUGGUAUCACGGACAGAUGAGCCGCAAAGAAUCGGAGAAGCUCUUGCAAGCCAAUGGAGAUUUCCUGGUGCGAGAAAGCACCACCACACCGGGACAGUAUGUGCUGACAGGACUUCAGGGAGGGCAGCCUAAACACCUUCUUCUCGUCGAUCCGGAGGGAGUGGUUCGGACGAAGGAUCACCGCUUCGAAAGCGUGAGCCACCUAAUCAGCCACCAUAUGGACAAUCGGUUGCCCAUCAUCUCGGCCGGCAGCGAGCUGUGCCUACAGCAGCCCGUCGAGCGGAGAGCCUGAGCACGACAACCGGAGUGGCAUCACUACAAACGACGCCCUUCUAGCGGGCGAUUCCUCCGCGUCUCUUUUUCUCCCCGAUGGACUCGUCCGACAGCUGCUAGAAUGGGCUGUCGCCUCUGCCAAAGCAUUUUUUCUGGGGUCGAAGGGGACUCGGAUGAGCACCAAAACCCAUCGUGCCCUCCCAGACCACCUCUCUCUACGUCUUGCCAGCUUUUCCUGGUUGGAGCCAAGCGCCGUCUCGCCACGUUUCUAGUCCUCGGUGAGAACGGUCUCGCUUCGGUUUUGUUGACGGUUCUAGAGGAAGUCCUUCUUGCCUUGGACAACUUUUGUCUCCUCCGCUAACUGUUAACGGUAUUGAUGGGGGGGGGGAUCUUGCGUGUGCCACACACACGCAGUGCCUCGUUGUGUCUUCUGCCAGGUGCGACUGAUGCCAAAGUCCCCGCGAAGGAUUUUCUUUCCGGGGAGAUUAUUGCUUAAAAGCACAAAAAAAAAAAGGGAAAGAAAAGGGCAACUUGUUUGGGUCUGGAAGGCAGAAUCUUCUCUCUUCGCUGCCCACAGACCCAGCUCACGCAUUUUUAUAUAUGUUCUGUGUGUGCCUUGAGCCUUUUUCAGGUCAGAUUUUAUGCAAGAUUCCUCCGGAAGGUCUCACAGAGCUGCCUGGGGUUUGGGGGAAAGGUUGUAGGAUGGAGAAAGUCGUUUCUCAUUCGCCUCCUUCUGAUCCGUCGCAGUUGCCCCAUAAUUUAUCCCCUUCUUUUUUCCCCCACCUGCAAAAGCCCAGGCUCUCUCAGGGUUAAGGGACGUUUUCCCUGAAUUUUGGGAUAGUUUCCAAGAAGACAGCCCCAAAACUGAAGGGAGAGUCCCCCACAAAAAGGAUGAAAAGGGGGAAAAAAUGGGUUUGUCUUCCAGCACUGAAGCUGGUUUCCUUCCCAGUUUCUGUACAUAAGUUUGAUAAUUUGGUGUUGCAUGUAUGUUGCUAUAAUCUGAGGCCAAUGUGUAGCUUUACUCUCUUAUCACUGUGCCUGUCCCCGCUACUCUGUGGGACACCCACCCCCCCAAGCCCACCUCAGCCCCUCCUCUCCAUGUCCUUUAUACACACUUUGUAUCGGUUUGAUUUUCUCGUGAUUAUACCAAAGGAAAUCAAAUAGUUAUUAUUAAAGGUUGGUAUUUCUUUAG